AUGGGCGUGGAGGUUGAUUUUGAGGCGCCUCAAGAACAGCUUCAGGGUGUUCCUGGGGGUGAGCAUGGGGGCAGCGAGGCGGCGGUGGGGGUGAUGGGCGUGGGGUUCUUGGACUACAGUGAUGAGGAGGACGGCGAGGAGGAAGCUGCGUGGGUGCUUCUUGACGUCCAUGCAGAGCACGAGGAGGACACGGUGGUGUUCCGCAGAGCACGAGGAGGACACGGUGGUGUUCCGGUUUGGGUCGAGGGAGCAGGCAGAGGGGCGAGUGGGGGGCAGUUGAAACAGCAGGCACACCAUAAGCCUUCACCUCGCCCAUCAAAUCCCUUACCCACAUUCUCCCCUCUCCCCCCCCUGUUCUCCAUCCCUGAAGCAGAGCACGAGCAGGACACGGUGGUGUUCCGCAGAGCACGAGCAGGACACGGUGGUGUUCCGGUUUGGGUCGAGGGAGCAGGCAGAGGGGCGAGUGGGGCGCAGUUGAAACAGCAGGCACACCAUAAGCCUUCACCUCGCCCAUCAAAUCCCUUACCCACAUUCUCCCCUCUCCCCCCCCUGUUCUCCAUCCCUGAAGCAGAGCACGACACGGUGGUGUUCCGCAGAGCACGAGCAGGACACGGUGGUGUUCCGGUUUGGGUUGAGGGAGCAGGCAGAGGGGCGAGUGGGGCGCAGUUGAAACAGCAGGCACACCAUAAGCCUUCACCUCGCCCAUCAAAUCCCUUACCCACAUUCUCCCCUCUCCCCCCCCUGUUCUCCAUCCCUGAAGCAGAGCACGAGCAGGACACGGUGGUGUUCCGCAGAGCACGAGCAGGACACGGUGGUGUUCCGGUUUGGGUCGAGGGAGCAGGCAGAGGGGCGAGUGGGGCGCAGUUGAAACAGCAGGCACACCAUAAGCCUUCACCUCGCCCAUCAAAUCCCUUACCCACAUUCUCCCCUCUCCCCCCCCUGUUCUCCAUCCCUGAAGCAGAGCAGGACACGGUGGUGUUCCGAGCACGAGCAGGACACGGUGGUGUUCCGGUUUGGGUCGAGGGAGCAGGCAGAGGGGCGAGUGGGGCGCAGUUGAAACAGCAGGCACACCAUAAGCCUUCACCUCGCCCAUCAAAUCCCUUACCCACAUUCUCCCCUCUCCCCCCCCUGUUCUCCAUCCCUGAAGCAGAGCACGAGCAGGACACGGUGGUGUUCCGGUUUGGGUCGAGGGAGCUGGCAGAGGGGCGACACGAGCAGGACACGGUGGUGUUCCGGUUUGGGUCGAGGGAGCAGGCAGAGACGCGCAUGGCGCAGCUGGGGCAGCAGACACGCAUUAAUGCCCUCUCUUCACUUCUCUCUCCUCCCUCUUUUCCCCCCUUUUCAAUCUUGAAGCAGAGCACGAGGAGGACACGGUGGUGUUCCGAGCAUGAGGAGGACACGGUGGUGUUCCGGUUUGGGUCGAGGGAGCAGGCAGAGGCGCAGUUAGAGCAGCUAGAGGAGCAGGCGCAGAGUCUGAGGGAGCAGAUUCAGGAUGCUGAUUAUCCAAACGGCGUGGUUCUAGAAGAGGAAGAGGUGUUCCCAAUCCCAGUUCCAGUCCCAGUGAUGCAGUCAGAACUGGAAGCGCUGCAAUCGGCAGCGCAAGGGGAGGGAGCAGCAGAGCAAGCAGCGCAGGAGCAGGGAGCACAGGAGUACGCAGCACAGGGGGGAUAUGGCGAGCUGGGAGCAGCAGAGCCGGGAGCAGCAAAGGAUGGAGGCAUAGUUUCAGGCGAGGAGGCGGCAGAAGCCCCUGUGCACGAGGAGGAAAGCAGGAGGUAUGCUCUCUACUUCCACCCCUCGGAUUUCCUGGCCAUCCAGGCCUCUGAGCGCAAGGAGGACGUGGUGCUGCACCAGCUGCAGCUGAGAGCUGCACGUGCCUCUGAGCGCAAGGAGGACGUGGUGUUGCAUCAGCUGCAGCUGAAGGUCGGAGCCUCUGAGCGCAAGGAGGACGUGGUGCUGCAUCAGCUGCAGCUGAAAGUCGGGGUCUACAGCGUACCCCACCCUGCCCGGGCGUCAAGGGGAGGUGACGAUGCGUAUUUGGUGGAGGGGAACUGGCUGGGCGUGGCGGAUGGCAUUGGCACAUGGACGGACCAGGGUGAGGAGUGGUGUGCGGUGGUGUGGGGUGGUGAGGGGCGGCAAGGGGUGGUGCGGGGCAUUAACGCGGGCUUAUACUCGCGUGAAAUGAUGUGGAACUGUGUCAACGUGAUCCGGUCGCGGCAGGAGGGAGCAGAUAGUGACGAGGACGACGACAGCGAUGACGAGUUAGCCGAUGAGUUUGAUUUAACUGACAGAGGGGCACUGGCAGAGGGGCACUGGCAGAGGGGAACAGCAGGUGCCUUCAGUCACCUGUCUGACCGCCACAACACCAAAUGCCACUCCCGCUUCCUGCCUCCCCUUCCCAUGCGUCCCCUCGUCCCCCCACCAGGCAUCAACGCUGGUCUAUACUCGCGAGAGAUGAUGUGGAACUGCGUCAACGUGAUUCGGUCGCGGCAGGAGGGAGCAGACAGUGACGAGGACGACGACAGCGAUGACGAGUUUGCCGACCAUCUAGAGGGCGGCAGAUCCGAUUCCGAGCUAGAUUCGGAUCACAACGACUCGGCAGGCGUCGGGCGGGGGCCGGCGGCGGGCGGCAGCCUAGACGGCGCUGGCGGCGGAACGGGCGGCAUGGGCGGCGGAGCGGGCGGCGGGAGAGGGAGGGGCGUGGGGGAUGCGGGAGGGGGGGUGGUGAGCGGGGUGGGGGCGGGCGGGGAUGAUUACGACUAUGGGUAUUAUGAUGAUGAGGAGGAUUUGGAUCCGAUGGAUCCCAAGGGGGUGAUCGAGGAGAGCCACAGCCGCACGGACCUGAGAGGGUCCUGCACCAUCACUCUUGCCGUCCUUGACAAAGACGUGAGUGGGAAUGUUGGGUGCUACUCCCUCAAAACCAGUGGCAAGCAUAGGCAGCUGUGGAUUCGUGCUGCUGAGGAGGGGCGAGCUAGUGAUCCUCUCUCUUUGCCUCUCCCUCCCGCCCCGCUCCCCACUUCUGUCUCCCUCACCUCUUCCCCACCCGCUCAGCGGCUGCGAGUGGCGAGCAUAGGCAGCUGUGGUUUCGUGCUGCUCAGGAGGGGCGAGCUGGUGAUCCGCUCAGAGCGCAUGGAGCACUCCUUUGGCAACCCCCACAGGCAGCUGCGGUUGAGGAGGGGCGAGCUGGUGAUCCGCUCAGAGCGCAUGGAGCACUCCUUUGGGAACCCCUUCCAGAUCGGCCAUGAGGCAGGAGACGGGCCUGACUGUGCCAAGGUGAGCUCUUGUCUCUGCCACCCCCCGUUUCCACUCCGCUCGGAGCGCAUGGAGCACUCCUUUGGCAACCCCUUUCAAAUCGGGCAUGAGGCAGGGGACGGCCCUGACUGUGCAAAGAUCGGCCACGAGGCUGGGGACGGCCCUGACUGCGCCAAGGAUUACACCAUUCCCGUGCAAGCAGGCGACGCCAUUUUAUUAGCCACCAACGGGCUGUUUGACAAUCUCUUUCUCGACACCAUCGUGCGCGUGCUGUGUGCUGCGCUGGGGGAGGGCAAGAGACCCGAGUCCGUUGCUCGCAAGCUCGUGUCGAUGGCGCAUAAAGCAGGGGAGAGCACAACAGAGCCCACACCGUAUGCUAUAGCAGCCAAGGCAGCAGGGGUGAAUCAUGAGGGGGGGAGGCGGGAUGAUGUGACUGUUAUAGUGGCUUAUGUGCAAUAA